AUGUCUGCUCACCAAUCAGCCCUUCCUUCACAAUCUAGGAAUCCAAAAUCGAAUCACAAAUUCCAAAUGUUGGGCCUCCCCUCUGAUCUCCAACGCGAGAUCCUCCUCCGCCUCCCUGGCUCCUCCCUCCUCCGCUUCCGCGCAGUCUGCAAGUCUUGGAGCCACGAGAUCGACGAUCCAUCCUUCGUCAAGGCCCACACGGUAAACAACCACCACACCUCCACCUCCAACCUCCUCCUGACAACCCCCUCUGCCAUCAACUCUCGUCCCGUCGAUUCCCUGAGGUACGUCGAUGGGCAGCGGACCCUCAGUGCCACCCGGGUCCAGAGCGCCCUGCUCCGGCCGGGUCUCUUCGCGGCCUCCUGCAAUGGCCUCGUCCUCAUCCCCCACUACGACUCCACCAGCACCUGGGUGGUAUGGAACCCACUCACCGGAGAUUAUCUCGAGCUGCCCCCGACUGGCCUCGAAGGCAGCCAAUUUUUGGGAUGCGGGAUAGGGUAUGAUCGGUCCUCAGACGACUACAAAGUCAUUAGCGUCUGCAAGGUUGUGAGGUCAGUGUACCAGACUCACAUCUACAGCCUCAGAUCCAACUCAUGGAAGAGGAUCGAGGACUACCCGUCCCUCCUAUUGUUGUCGAGUCAAGCCACAUUGUUAAACGGGGCAUUGUACUGGUUUGCAGAGAACUCAGUAGUUGCGCUGGAUUUUGCCACCGAGAGGUUCCGCAAGCUGCCCUUGCCAUAUUCUGGUAUGUCGUAUAUCUUGGGUUUCGAGGUGUUGGGAGGGAGUUUGGUUGUGGUUAGAAACGAAGAUAUGCGCGAAGCCUGGGUUUUGAAGGAUUAUGAAUGGGUGGGACUGUCCACACCCAUGGGACUGAGCCUCAUCAAGGACGAAAAGCGGCUUGUGCUUCCUUGUGGCCGCUUGAUUAUAUACUGGGAUAUACAGACUCAUUCUCAGAAGCUGAUGAGAAUCGAGAAGCUGGUGAAAAUAGGUUACCCUUUGUAUACUCACAUUGUUGAGGAAAGCAUUUUCCGAUUUGGCCGUCCGAGUAUGGCGGCAAGGGUGAAGAGGAAGAGGAGCAAGGCUGAUGAGAGAAGGAGUGCAUGUGUUGAAAAGAUUCAAGUCCUCUUCUGUGAAAGAGAGAGAUCCGAAGUUGAGAUUUGA